AUGUUCAGAGCGGGCGUCUUCCCCGCCGAAGCCACAGUCUUGCCUUUUCAAGGAAAGGCAGUGCCGCUGAAACCUGAACGAGAACGGAACAGCAAAGCUGAAAAGAAGUCGAGUCCGUCCCCGUGGAUCAUCCUGAAACUCGCGCUGAUGUACAUCUACAGUGUCCACAUCGUGUCUAACGCCAUAGCCGGCAGCAUACGCACAAGUUCGUUGUCAUACAUCAUUGAAACCCUAACAUACACGACCCGGUCUCUUGUCUCCACAAUCACCACAACCUACUUCGUCGUCAAGGCGAGCGAGUUAAAACUUAUCACCGACGAGCUGACACAGUUCGAAGGAGUCCGGCCGACCAAGUUACUCGAUAAAGCCGCCUCCAAGCGCCGCUACCUCCGCUUCUCCAUAGUAUGUUACAGUUGUCUCUUGAUCGCCAUGACCGUCCUCUUCUUCGUACUGGUGCCCGCGCAGAAGUACUUCGACAAGUGUUUCUACGGAAUAGACCUCGCCACCGCCGGCAUACCUAACGGCCCCGCCAUUCUUAUAGGAUUGAUCGAGUGGGACUCUUACAACAUCCUCGUCACUGGAUCUCCUGUGCUGAUGACUAACUACAUCUAUCUGUGCGAUUACCUUCGGGGCCAGAUGCUCAGCUUCAGGGCUGCCGAGAGGGCAGUGCUGGACAGUGGACCCAUGGACGUCACCAAGUUCGAAAAAAUCCGGACCAUGUGUACCAGGCUCAUAGACGUGGAGCGACGGCUUGACUCCCUCUUUGCCCCAGCGGUCCUUCUUUGGUUCGUAGACUUGCUAGUCAAUAUAGUGCUGCCCAUCCGCACCCUGAUCAACGGCAUUGCAUCGUUCACCAUAGCAAACGUGAUGUCAUUCUUCAUCGAGGUCAUCUACUCGGUGUCUUUCUUCAUGAUCCUCUCUUUCUCGCUGGCUCAAGUCGACAAGGAAUACAAAGAAAUCGAAGAGGAGACGUUUCGGCUGCGUAACUCCGUGCCCACCGAAGACUGGCAGCUGGGCCAGCAGGUCACCUUGCUUGAAUCCGGCAUCAACUCGUCCAAGUUUACGCUGACCGGCUGGGGCCUGUUCGAAGUGGAUCGCUCCUUCAUACUCACCAUCGUCGGGGCCGUCGCUACGUACACCGUGGUGUUGAUUCAGUUGACACCUGGACAAGACACGUACUGAAAGGGCGUUUCGCUGGAAACAGGGAAAGUCCAGACUAGGUGUAGGUCACUAACCAACCAUGCCGAUCAGAAUCCACCGCGUUGGUAGUCAAAUAUGAUGUGCGCGGAUCAGUACACUUUAUACAGUUCUCGUUCAAAAACGUCUAUUUCGAUUAAGCUAUUUGCGGCUGAACGAGUUCUUACGCACUCAAACUUGAAAAAAAAAAUAUGCGCACUUAGUGACCUAACUCUCGAAUCCAAUUCAUACGUGCACGAUUUCCGACAUGGUGUCGAGAAGCACUGACAUUUAUUUCGCUGAUGGCAUUAGCAAAC